GUAAUAUUUUAUCUGUGGAAUAAACCAGUGCUGGCGUGUGUUUUGUAUUGUUAUUGUUUUGUUAUUUUACCUAAAUUUGCUCAUCUUUUCUGUAACAAUAAAAUUAAACUAUGACUUGGUCAGAUGAAAAGAUUUUAAAAUUCCUAAAAAUGUAUAAAGAUCGUCCAUUGUUAUGGAAUCCAUCGAUUCCAGGAUAUAAAAAUAGAGUUAAACGUCAUAAUUUGCUAAUGGAAUUAUCUGGACAUUUUGAUAUACCAAAAAUUGAAGUUGAAAAAAAACUAAGAAGUCUUCAAUCACAAUUUGCACGUGAAAGAAAAAAAGAAAAACAUUCUCGAUCAAUUGAAAAUAAUGCUAAUGAAGUGUAUAGAAGUAAAUGGUUUGGAUAUAAAAGUAUGUUGUUUCUUGUGGACAAAAAUAAACAUAGGACGAUCAAAUCUGAUAAUGAGUUUUCUGGAAAUGAAGAAUCAUUGCAAGAAAUAAAAAUUGAAGACAGUCUAGGAAAUCAAGACAUUCAGCAUGAAACGAAACCAGAUGUCAAACUACCAUCACCACCAGCAUCGAACCCAAUACCACGAAUAAAAUUACAAAAGCAAUUUACUCGGCCAAAUAAUCCUUCGGUAAAUGUCAAACGUAAACGUCAUUCUUAUUCUGAAGCACUAAGAACACCAGUUUUAGAUGAAGCAAUGCAACUUAUGAGAUCAAUUCAUAAAAAAAUUGAAGAAAAAGAUGAAUACACUUUAUAUGGUGAACAAAUAGCAAUCAAAUUACGUAAAAUUCCUUCACCACGAGCUAGAUUUGUUGUACAAAAUAUUAUCAAUAAAGCCUUAUUCAAUGGAGAAAUGGGUGUGUAUUCGUCCGACGAAACGGAUGUACCAAAAACUUCUUCGCUUGGAAAUGUAUUGCCUUCGGGAAUGCCAGUAUCGACUCCGUCAGCAUCAUUAACUAAUCUGACAGUACCAUUACCGAAGUCAUCAAAAGCACCUGAUGAAACAAUCGACCUGUGUAUUAAGUCAGAAAAUGAGAGUGACAUAGAUAUAGAAGAUUUGGCGUUAUUGUUAUAAAUUAAGAAAUAAAUGAACUUAAUAUUAAAUCCUAG